CAUUUUUCUUGGUAUGUAGGGUGGUACUAUUUUCCAUAUAUAGCUCAACGAUAAGCGAAGCAUUACCUCAUGCUCCAGUUUCAUGGGUUACUGCUGUUUUGGCCAGUGUCAUGCCUUUGCAUUUGAACGUUAUCAAUAUUUUCUCAAUUAUGUAAUGUGCGUAGAUGAAUUACAUAAUCACAAGUAGAAAUAUCGGAUGUGCCUUAAAAAAAAAGAGGUGCAUGAAGCAACAAGCUGCAAUGACGUCGUGGAAGCCGCCGCCGCCCAAAUUUCGUGUGUAAUCCAACCCAAAGUAACUGUUCUUUUUUUCUUUUCACCUACCAACAAGAAUAAACUUAUACAACAUGUCCUGGCGUACCAUUGAUAUCGAUCAGUAUGAUGAGGAUGCUUACACAGAAGAUGAAAUCCUUGCUGAAUUCGAGACUGGAUUAUCAGCAGAACAAGUAACAUCUGCAACUCAAACACGAAGCACAGACGUUCGCAACAUGCUUACAAGAGGUGACUUGAAUAAUGCUUUAACUCGUGCAUUGGAAGAGCCUCCUUAUGGUCGUCAUCUUGAAACAGCAAAGAGUGAAAGUACAAAGACUGUUACCGAAGUAUUGAACUUGUUCCGUGCAUCCGACAUUACUCAAGUUGUGAAAUCACUUGGUACUGAACAACAAGAUGUUUUAAUGAAGUACUUAUAUGCAGGUAUGGGUAAGCCAGAGCAAUAUAACUCAAGUGUCUUAUUGACAUGGCAUGAAAAGUUGACUGAAGUUGCUGGUAAUGGUUGUAUUGUACGUGUUAUGACUGACAAGCGUACAGUAUUUUAAGAGAAUAAACAACUCCCCCAUCCCCUUCUUUUUUUAAAAAUCAUAUUAUCCAAGUUUUAAUCGGAAACCCGUUGAUUCUGUUUGACCGCCAAAUAUAGUGCCUGCUAAACCAGGUUCUUCUUCAGCUAUACCAUGAGCUGCUGCUGGUGCAGAUGGACUGAAAUCUCUUUUU